CACCGAUCACCAUCCGACUUUAUGAACACACAUCCGUUGGGGUCGCCUUGCUUCCUCUGCCUCCAGUCCUCUCUUAGAACGACCACUCGCAUUCUGGUGGAAACUUGACUAUUUGUAUCAGAGGUCUACUUUCUACUGCCGGAAGAGCCCGCGCAAGUGCUAGUCAUCACUCUCGUUACAUCGAAUCGGCUACUAGAUUAGAGCAAGAUGACAUCCAAGGAGCUGAGGACGUUCACCCGCGACGAGGUCGCGCAGCACAACAAUGAGGGUGAUCUCUGGGUCGUAAUCGACUCCAAAGUCUACGACCUCACCAAAUUCCGGAACCUCCACCCCGGCGGCGCAUCCGUGCUCCUAGAAGAGGGCGUCCCCGGCCAGGAUGCCACGGAGGUGUUCUUCAGCCUGCACCGCUACGAGGUGCUCGAGCGGCCGCAGUACAAGCGGCUGCAGGUUGGCGUCGUCCAGGGAGAGGAGCCGCGGGUCUUCCCGUCCAUCAAUAACGGCGCGAUUAGCCAGGUGCCGUUUGCAGAGCCGACGUGGCUCGUGGAGGGGUACCAUAGUCCGUACUACAGUGAGAACCACCGGAGGUUCCAGCGUGAGAUCCGGAAGUUCAUGGACGAGAUCGUCUACCCCGAUGCACAGGCUCGCGAACUCGACGGCAAACGCCCCUCCCAAUCCGUCGUCGACAAGAUGGCCGCGAUCGAGCUCCACGCGAUGCGCUUGGGGCCCGGAAAGCACCUGCAGGGGCGCACGCUCUUCGGCGGACUCGUCAAGCCGGAGGAGUUCGACUACUUCCACGAGCUGAUCAUCUCGCAGGAGCUUACGCGCUGCGGCGCGCGCGGCUACGGCGACGGCAUCAACUCGGGCAUGGUCAUCGGCCUCCCGCCGGUCCUCAACUUUGGCGCGCCGGAGUUGAAGGCGCGCGUCGUCCCCGAGGUGCUGGGCGGGAAGAAGUUCAUUUGCUUGGCGAUCUCGGAGGCGUUUGCGGGGAGCGACGUGUUUGGGUUGCAGACGACCGCGACGAAGACGGAGGAUGGGAAACACUGGAUCAUUACGGGUACCAAGAAGUGGAUCACGAACGGAAUGUUUGCAGACUACUUCACUGUCGGGUGCAAGACAGAGGAUGGAUUCACCGUCAUUCUCGUCGAACGCGGCGAAGGAGUCGAGACGAAGCCGAUCAAGACGUCGUACUCACCCGCGGCAGGUACUGCGUAUGUCAUCUUUGACAAUGUCAAGGUACCUGUGGAGAACACCCUCGGAGAGGAGGGCGGAGGCAUCUUCGUUAUGCUCAGCAACUUCAACCACGAACGGUGGGUGAUGUGCUGCACGUCUGCGCGCGGACAGCGGUCCAUUGUCGAGGAAUGCAUGAAGUGGACGAACCAGCGGAAAGCGUUCGGGAAGCCGCUGAACUCGCAGGCAGUCGUGCGCUCGAAGUUGGCGGCGAUGAUCGCGCGGACGGAGAGCGUGCAGAACUGGCUGGAGAACCUCACGUACCAGAUGUGCAACAUGUCGUAUAGGGAGCAGGCGAACAAGCUGGCCGGCCCCCUUGCUUUUUUGAAGAUGUACAGCACGAGAUCAGCACAACAGACGGCGACGGAUGCCGUCCAAGUCUUCGGCGGGCGGGGAAUCACGCAGACUGGUAUGGGUCGUCAUAUCGAGCACUAUCACCGUACGGUGCCGUUCGAUUCGCUAUUGGGAGGAGCGGAGGAUGUCCUCGCCGAUCUCGGAGUCAGGCAGGCGAUGCGGAACAUGCCCAAGAGCGCGCGACUGUAGAGCCGUCGAUCUCUUAUACAUAUACCUAUUUUGUCCUACUGCUGUAGUCCUUUGCGGACCUUUGUCGUUGUUCUUGCUAGUCGCUGCUCUAGAAUACACCAGUACUUGCCGCCGGUAAGACCGCUGCGCAGUGCCCGGGAGAGGGAUGUGCACGGAUCGUAAUCUGGCGUGAUGAUUGCUUACGUUUCUCUGACUGGAUCUCGU